UAACAGUCUUUUUCUCCAAAAUUGCGUUGAAGGACAAGUCCUAUGUGAUUAAAUAAAGUUUGAUAACAUUUAGAUUAAUGUUUAGAUUUCAGGGGUGUUCUGUUCACUGAUUUUCUGUCUUUGUAUUUGGGUCCAACCAAAAGAAAGAGAGAGAAACAAAAAGAAAACAGAAUCAUAUUCGAUUUCACAAGUAGCUGGAAACAUACACCACUGACCCGUAACAUAAUAAUAAACCCCUUUCUUUCUCUCUCAAUAUAUCAAGCCAAAGACGUUAUAGGACCAAGAUCUUCUUCAUAGGUGCAUGAGGAGUGAUUGAAUUGGCUUUUUGGCAACGAAUAGUAAUGGCAUCGAUGGAGAGGAUUCUGUUGGCCCUGGAAACUCAGGGUGCAGGAGGAGAAUCUGUAUUGGGGUCCAUAAAAAUUGCUGUGAUGCCCAUAGUUAAAGUGUUCACCAUGUGUGCCUUGGGACUUCUCAUGGCUUCAAAGUAUGUUGCCAUCUUGCCUGCUUCUGGAAGGAAGCUUUUGAAUGGGCUGGUGUUUACACUCUUGCUACCUUGCUUGAUAUUCUCCCAAUUGGGGCAAGCUGUUACUUUGGAAAAGAUGCUUGAUUGGUGGUUUAUUCCCGUGAAUGUUGUUUUGAGUUCCAUAGCAGGGUCACUCAUUGGUUUUGUUGUUGCAACCAUCAUCCGCCCUCCUUACCCUUUCUUCAAGUUUACAAUUAUACAAAUUGGAAUAGGAAAUAUUGGGAAUGUUCCACUUGUUUUGAUUUCUGCUUUAUGUCGAGACCAAUCGAAUCCCUUUGGAGAGUAUGAAAAAUGUAGCACAGAUGGAACUGCCUAUAUAUCAUUCGGCCAGUGGGUCGGUGCUAUCAUCCUAUAUACAUAUGUAUUUCAUAUGUUGGCACCUCCUCCAGAAGCCACAUUUGAUAUCGAUAAUGAAUGUGUUCCCUUGAAGAGUACUUCAAUGAGUGAUGCUUCACCUGAACAAGCUCCAUUGCUUGCUAGCGAGGAGGGGGUAAUUUCUACAGCUCCAAAUACAACAAAGAAAUGGAAGAUUAAAGAUUUCUUUGCAUUCCUAUAUGAGAAGUUGAAGCUUAAGCAAAUUCUUCAACCCCCUAUUAUUGCAUCAAUCCUUGCCAUGGGACUUGGGUCCGUCCCAUUUCUCAAGAAACAAAUCUUUACACCUGAUGCUCCACUGUUCUUCUUCACUGACAGCUGCAUGAUUCUUGGGGAGGCCAUGAUUCCUUGCAUUCUGUUGGCACUGGGAGGCAACCUUAUUGAUGGACCUGGAAGUUCAAAACUCGGUUUUCGGACAACUGCUGCUAUUAUUUUUGCACGGCUACUUUUAGUGCCACCUGUUGGACUUGGUAUCGUCACGUUGGCUGACAAGCUUGGUUUUCUUCCCCCUGAUGAUAAGAUGUUUCGAUUCGUCUUGCUCCUUCAGCAUUCAAUGCCAACAUCUAUCCUUGCAGGUGCUGUUGCUAAUUUAAGAGGCUGUGGAAGGGAUGCAGCAGCUGUACUAUUCUGGGUCCAUAUCUUUGCUAUAUUCUCAAUGGCAGGAUGGAUUAUUCUUUAUCUAAACAUACUCUUCUGAGACUGUAAUUUAAUCCAAUUCAUUUUGUUCAUUUGAUGUUAGAUUAGAGGAAAAAUAUCAAUAGUUUAUAUAAUGUGCCUUUAUAUAAUGAUCACGGUUCACGAACAAAUUGUCUGAUGUCUUUUUUUUUUUUUUUU